AUGUCUGAUCAGAUAGCAAGACCAGAACGCACCGGAAGAGCAUCAGUACCUCGAGCCUUCAGCGAUGACUCCGGUAGCUCGAGCGGCGAACGCACCCCUCCACUUUCUCCUCCAUCGCCAACUAUGGAUCCUAUAAUCCAGAGAUCAUCAAAAGUAAGAGGUGUUAUCCCGGGUGGUCUAGACGCCGAGAGAAUUUCGAGAAUCCGGGGUUAUAUACGUAGUGGCUCCGACUUUGACGAACAGACACCUCGUGCGAAGUCGCGCCCAUCCAGAUUGCAUUCGCCUCCACUCAAGAGUUCACGUCAUACGAAAGAAACACGGUUAAGAUUCAGAGAUGGUAACAACGACCAUACACAGAGCGACGGACAUGAUCGCCAUCUUCCCGCAGACCAUGAUCGCCAUCUUCAGGAAGACCACCCAUCCGGCAUCUUUGUAGGCAUUUCAGACACCAUUGUCGCCACACUUCAACUAACCGUCUCGGCACUUCACUCUGCGCCUGUGAUUUUCCUAACUACGAUACGCUUCGCGGCCUAUAUCCUCUUCGCCUCACUUACAUUACGCGCUUUCUGCACCUUUAUCGGGGUCGAUAGGCACUCACACUGCAUUGGGGAUAGAAAAUGUGGCUACAUGAUCCGCAGCACCUCAUACAUCUCCCUCCUCGACACUCUCAACCUCCCAGCAAGCUUCCUCAUUAACACACCCUCGCCUUGCGUUGGUGCUGAGCGAAACACCCAUUUCAUCCAGACUUGGGCCCCUCUACACCCGCUCCGAGAAUCCCUCAAGGCACUCCAUAAUCAAACAUGCUUCAUAGAUCUUGACCCCGAGCCGGACCGCGUUCUUAGAGAGUGCGUAGCACUUUUCGAACGUGUGCAUACGGCCCAAAUGCAUAUCAUCCGCGAAGAUCUCCGAGUCGCUGUCAAUCAAAUCGCUUCCACCCCAGCUUGCACUAUAGGCAGGUUCAACGACGCGCUUAAUAUGCUAGACAAGCUUGAACCGCAGCACAGCCUGCUUUACAGACUAAACCACGGUUUACUAAGAUACGACCCCGAACAGCAAACAUCGCCCAGCGUUGAUGCAUACACGGCCUUACUUCGUAGCGCCGAGGCGUGUAUCACACGCGCCUCCAACUUGUAUACCCUGCCGUACCCUAUGCAGGCUACCACUGUGAGCUCCUGGCCGUUCAUGCCCACAUACACUAUCUGGCCACUACUUCGCCAAAGACUCGCCCGUUGGGGCCGGCCCAUGCGACGCACUGGGUUCCCAGCCUGCUCUCCUAGCCAUGCUGCCCCUAUCCUUAAGUCACUCAACGGUACCCUUCAGCCUGCAGUCACAAAGCUUACGACUGUUCGCGCGGCGCAUAUGCAAUGGGUGGCGGACUUGAAGAAGGUUCGAGAAGAUCUAGGGGCUAUAAUCCAAAGAAGCGGGCCAGAAAAGCAAUGCAAGAAGGUUGAGGUCGAGAUGUUGUUUCGGCCGUUCGACAGGUUCAAUCAUGAGAAAGGGUAUGGACUGCAAAAUUUCGUGGGUUAG